UUUGGAAUUCAAUUGGGAGUACAUUUAUUAAUGGAAGUCAGAAGAAGUCAAAAGCUAGCCAGCACUGAGGAGUAAACUUACCUGCAAAGUUCGGUCCCGUCUCGCUUGGAGGCUGAAGAAGAGUGUCAGCAGAGUGAAGCAAUCAUGUCGGACUCCAAGGUCGAGACGAUUUCAAGGAUGGCGCAGUGGAAGAUCGAGAAUUUCGGACCCUCAACAUACAAACGAUCCGACCCGUUCAAAAUUGGCAUCUGGAACUGGCACUUAUCAGUGGAGAAGAAUAGAUAUGUGUAUAUUCGGCUGUUCCCGGAACCUACUCGGGCUUCCAAGGACCAGCCACCAGGGGCAAAGUUUGUCCUAAGAGUCGCCGCUCCCUCAACCAACCGCCAACCCCUCAUCUCCCAAGUUUUUGACAGAGUUCUUCGGUCAAGCGAUGAUUUUGCUUGGCCUAUUGAUUCCAACCUUCAAGGACACCUCAUCAUUGAUGUUGAGUUCCAUGACCUAAAGAUCUACCAAAAAAAUGGUGAGGGAACUUCCAUAUGGCCUGGAGACAGUAUGAUGCAUUCUAUGGCUACCCAAACCACUCUUAGGUGUCUCUCUCGCAUGCUGUAUGAGUCCAUACAUGCUGAUGUAACUAUCAAUACAGCUGAUGGAUCACUACAAGCUCACAAGGCAGUUCUUUCUGCCAGUUCUCCAGUAUUUCACAGCAUGUUCCUCCAUAACCUAAAGGAGAAAGUGUCAUCAGUUAUUAACAUAGAAGACAUGUCAACAGAUUCAUGCAUGGCACUUCUGGGAUACAUAUAUGGGACAAUUAAAAAGGAGGAUUUCUGGAAACAUCGAUUGGCACUGCUGGGGGCAGCAAACAAGUAUGACAUUGCAGACAUGAAAGAUGCUUGUGAGGAAAGUCUAUUAGAUGAUAUUACCACCCUGAAUGUUCUUAAGAGGUUGCAAGAAGCCUGGAUUUACCAGCUGCAUAAACUGAAGAAAGGGUGCUUGGCAUAUUUGUUCGACUUUGGCAAGAUUUAUGACUUGAGGGAAGAAAUUAAUAUCUUCUUCAGGCAGGCUGACAGAGAAUUGAUGCUCGAAAUGUUUCAUGAAGUCCUCACAGUUUGGAAACCUUUAUAAGAGAUUGCUUAUUUGCUUGUCUUGUUACCACUAUUUUGUCUCCAGGUGUAGAUAGGGUGUGCCUAAGUUUCGAAUGUCAGUUUGGGUGAAAUGCAAAAUGUACAAGGUUAAAUUAUAGUGUUUGUAUUGGACCACGUUCUAGUCUAGACGAGUUUUCUUUUGUGAAUUGAACACGUUCUAUUUACCUAGCCCAUAUGUACAUUGUCUUUUAUUUUCCAAGUAAAAACUAACAUCUCAAAAGUUCCUUAAACAACUCAAAUAUAUUGUUCCGAAAACCAUGAACCUCAUAUAUACUCAUCCGUGGAUGGAUUGG